UGUCUUUCCUCAAUGGACGUUGAAGAGCGCGAUGAAAAGAAAGCCUUUGAAGAUGCUCCGGACGACCAAAUGCCUGACCCAGACGAGACCUUGAUGCUAGACCAAGGUCAUGGCAGGGUCUGGCUCGUCAAAAUUCCAAAAUUCCUCCUUGAACGUUGGGCUGCAGUCAAUGCAGAAGAUAUCCAUCUCGCCUCGAUCCGCGUCUACACCUACCCUGAUGGACGUCAUCGCAUGUUUUUGUUCCUACCCCCCAACAUCGACCCCAACUCGAAGCAAGCAAUCUCAGCUCCACAAAGACCCAACUACCCUCAAUUUGCCCACACGACUUCAUAUUCUAUUGAUGGUGGUGCAGAACCCGAUUGCUAUGAACUCGACAUGGUCAACGACAACGUUGAAAAUCAGGUUGUCAUCGCAGAACGCCCGAAAGACUCUAGUCUCAGCAUAUCAAGCUCAACGGCAGCUACUACGGCCAACACACGAGCACGGACUACUAUUCUGACAGGACGCAUAAAACACGACUGUAAUUUGCGCCCAGCACUCUCUUCUAGUUAUCGUCGGCAGAUGCGUGACCGUCAUAUCAAGUAUAAUACGCCUCAACGACAGAUUAUGCGUAUCGAGGAUGCGGGGGUUGCGGGUGGUCGUGGUGGCAUCAACCAAAUGACGAGUGGUGUUGGCGUUAACGCUGGCGGUGGCUUCAGGGAACUAGUGAAAACCAAACAAAAACCGGCUAAAGGUCAAUUUGAACGCAUGGCGCGUAUUCCCCGGAACCAGCUGUUGGACCUUAUUUUCGGGCUAUUUCGGGAACAGCCUCAUUGGGGAAUCAAGCCAUUGCGCGAACGAACCCAGCAACCAGAGGCAUAUCUCAAAGAAGUCUUGUCGGAAGUCGCAUUCCUCAAUCGGGCUGGCGAGUAUGCUUCUAUGUGGGAGCUGAAAGACACAUUCAAAGAUAAUUCUGUACGUGGCUUGCCCUAUUUAGAACCAGUGGUGACCUUGGAAUGCCAGCAAAACCUGCCAGAGUUACCGAGGGCUGCUGGGCUGAUAUCAUUCAAUGAUGUGAAGAUGGAGGAGGGAGUUGAGGAGGAGGAUGACGAGGAUGAAGAUAUGGAGGAAGUAAACUGA